AUGAAUGUCGUAAAGCAGCUGGAAACAGUAUGCUAUACAGCGAUAUUUAUACGCUUUGUGAAGGAUAAUUCACUAACUAACGUCUUCCUCUCACUUCUUCUUCAGUUCAUCUCACAUUUUGUGCACCAUGUAAUUAUGAUGUACGUGAGGCUGUCGACACCGAAUGAAGAGGGUCAAAAUCACGAGGAAGAAUGUAACACAAUAGUUAAGGUACUUUUGCGUAGCAUGAGAUACUUUCAAGUCGUUCUUCUCGUGCAACUAGCCUUUUUAUGCUGGUAUCAUUGGACGAUUGACUUCGAAAAGCAAGUGUGCAAAUGGAAUUAUGGAUAUCUAUUCACUGAUAUACUGGGAGAAUUUGACUGCGGGCGUGGUGGUAGGGCUAUUUUGCUUUUUCUCGAUGUUUUUAUUCUCCUGAUGCAGCUCCAAAUGUUCACUGAAGAGUUGACCAAAUGUCGUAAGAAUGUGGACAAAGUUGCACAGGACGUCAAUAUUACCGUGGGAGAUUUGGGGAUCCACAAAUUCGGAAUCUUAAGUAUUUUACGCUUCAAUUCCUUCGAUAAGGAUAAUUCAGAACCACAACUUUCCUACGAUGUGGGCGAUCAAGGAGAAGACGAGAAUAUGGGUUAUGGGAGCACUACUUGA